AUGAUCUAUCCCGCACUCAUGGGAAUCCCCGAGUACCUGCGUAAGACCGAGCAUGCCAACCCAAGCAACCCAGAUUUCUGCCCCUGGCAUGUCGGCCACAAGACGGAAGAGUCCCCCUUUUCUUGGCUCAACACCCACCCCGAGUGUAUGGGGUACUUCCUCCCCUGGAUGGCUGGUCAGAGAGAGGGAAACCCUGAGUUCCUCGACUCCUUUGACUUCGAGAAGGAGGUCGGCACUGGAAGCGACAGCUCUGCGCCCGUCUUUGUUGAUGUUGGCGGUGCCAUCGGCCACCAGUGCAUUUUGUUCAAGUCCCGAUACCCUCAGUACAGCGGACGAAUUGUCCUACAAGAACAGGCUCAUGUUAUCGAGCAGGUCAAGGCCGCACCGCCCCCUGGCAUGGACGGCGUUGACGCCCAGACUUAUGACUUCUGGGGACCACAACAGCUGAAAGGGGCCCGGGCUUAUUACCUGCGCAAUGUUCUGCAUGACUUCCCCCCUCACAAGGCCAAGGAGAUCCUCAUAAACAUCAAGGCUGGCAUGACAGAGCAGUCCGUAAUUCUCAUUGACGAGAUGGUACUUCCCGAGAUUGGUACACCAUGGCGUGCGGCUUCGCUCGACAUGGACAUGCUUGCGUGUCUUGCUGGUGUUGAGCGCUCCGCCAAGGAAUGGGGCGAGAUUUUCGAAGCUGUUGGGCUGGAGCUGGUCAAGACUGUUCAGUACACCGUUCAGUGCAAUGACUGCAUUAUGGUUCUGAAGCAGAAGUAA